AAUCUGACGCAGGCUGCUCGUACUCGGCUGCCGCUGGCUGCUGCAGGCGUGCUAUUGGAGGGAGCGGAGGGACCUCUGCGAAAUGCCUGGUGCAUGGCCGACCUCCGUAUUUUCUACAUUUCCUUUGGCUCCCCCCCCUCCUCUUGCUGCCCAGUGUUUGUAGACACCAUGCUCCGCGGCGGGCUGCCCUAGCUACCUGAGGCCGCCCCAGCCAGCGGUGCGGUGGGUCCGGUGCGGUGCUGUGCUCUGCCGGGGAUGCGGCCUGCUUGUUAAAGCUCCCCCACCACCCCGCCGACCGUGAUGGCUGAUGAUCAACAACAAGCUGACCAGAAGCCUGCCUCGGGACUCGGCUCUCUUCCAGCGCUGGUGCCGGGACUCCAGGGACCGGAAGCGAACGCGUUACAGUUUAAAAUCAAGAAUUCGAUUUGCAAAUCUGUACAAUCAAAAGUGGACAGCAUAUUGCAAGAUGUUGAGAAGUUUACAGACAUCGAAAAGCUCUACCUCUACCUUAAGUUGCCUUCUGGUCCCAGCAGCGGCAAUGAUAAAAGCGAUCAGAGUUCCAUGUCAUCGAGUCGCACUCAGCAGAUGUACGCAUUCAACUGGAUACGGAAUCACCUAGAAGAGCACCCAGAGACGUCCCUCCCCAAACAGGAAGUGUACGAUGAAUACAAGAGCUAUUGUGACAAUCUCGGCUACAAUCCAUUGAGUGCAGCAGACUUUGGGAAGAUCAUGAAGAAUGUCUUUCCCAACAUGAAGGCACGUCGACUCGGGAUGAGAGGAAAAUCCAAAUAUUGCUAUAGCGGUUUAAGAAAGAAAGCUUUUGUUCACAUGCCGUCAUUACCCAACUUGGAUCUGCAGAAGUCAGGCGAUGGGUGUGAACUGAUGGAGCCGGCCGGACAGUCCCCGAGUGCUGAGGAUGAAAUGAGAUCAGCAGCCUGUGGUUUGGUAUGCGAGUGGGCCCAAAAGGUCUUAAGUCGUCAGUUCGACAACGUGGAGGAUCUGGCGCGUUUCCUGCUGAAUAGCCACUACAUCGGUACCAAGUCCAUGGCUGCGCUCACUGUUAUGACGGGAACACCCACAACAGGCAUGAAGACGCCAACACCAGCCUCUGCGUUUGUGCCCACAGCCGAGGCCAACUCCUUCCAGCCCCAGGUGAAGACCCUGCCCUCGCCCUCUGUUGAUGCAAAGCAGCAACUGCAGCGAAAGAUCCAGAAGAAGCAGCAAGAACAGAAGCUCCACUCUCCUUUACCCAGCGACGCGCAAGUCAAACGAACGGAGGCUAGCACCCCCGGCCCGACCCUCCCCUGUGGCAGCCCCGCUCUGUUGUCUCCUCAGCCCACCAUAGGCAUCGUAGUAGCAGCUGUGCCCAGCCCAGUCACGGUACAGAGAAGCAGGCAGCUAAUGACUUCUCCAGGCCCUGUCGGAACAACCGAGGGAAAAGUGCUUCCUGUGAACUUAGUGGUCACCCAGUCACUUAAGCAGUCCCCCAAAACCCCGCAGAAUAUCCCGGCAAGUCCCGUGGGGGAUCGGUUGGCACGGCACGGCACCCGGUACGCUCAAAUCCUACCCAAGCCCUCCGCCACCAGUGCCAUCACACUUCGGUCCCCUCCUACCCUGCUCAUUACCAACAGCCCCAUCAAAACUGUGAUGCCCACUCCCCAUGUCAGCUCAGUUAACGUGGUCAAGAUGACAGCCAUCGCGUUAGCUCCCAGCAGCAGCAGUGGCAGCAGCAGCGGCAGCAUGACCAGCAGCAGCACCGUCGUGCGCUCCGCCUCGGCCGGGAUGGGCGCGACUUCCGCCUUAGAUGAGUCACAAGGUGCAGGCCUGACUGCUGCGGUCAGAGCUGUUGCCUCCAGUUUGACCCCCUCCACUGACAUGAAAGUGACUGAAGCUGGAAGCUACACUAACACUGUCGCCGGUGCAGAGAAGUCUGGCAUUGAAGAGAGAGUGGCAACGUGCAGGGCUGCUAGUGAGCCAAGCUUCUCUGUUAAGUGUUCUCCAGGACCAGACAAGGUCACGAGGAUGAGGAGUGACUCCAUAUCCCAUUCGACCUCGGUAGCGGUAGCUGGAAUUCAGGACAGCAAUAACAGUAACUGCCAUGACAGCACCUUGUACUUGACUGUUGAUAAUCACACCUCCAUUGGCACCGUGUCAGCCAGUGGUUCCUCGAUCAGUAUUGCGGCUUCAAAAGACCCCUGCACAGAUGCCAAGAGUCCCAGAAAGCGCACAGGCCCUACUGGAGAGUCUCAUGUUAUUCCUGUAAAGAGAGUUUUUAUAUCUCAGCAGCCGCCUGCUGCAGCUGACAAUCCCAAAGCUGGAAUCGGCGCCGCGGUGAAAAGGAUCCCGCGACCGGGAACUCCAGCCCGACCGGAAAGCGCCCCAUGCAAAGUGAGCGCGAAACCCGCCCCUGUCGGCCCGACGCAGAUCCUGGCGCUCUCCGACUCGCCCAUCACGCACAUCCGGGGCUCCCCGACUGUUGUCAAACCGCAGGCCUUGAUGGUGAAACGGGAAGACCGUUCCCUCGGCGCCGACGUCAGCAGCGAAGCGGCGGGAACGUCCGAGCAGACCUUGUUACAGCAAAUCACCACGGACGCGCGUGCCAUCCCAACCAACUCAGGAGCACACAAUCCCUCGGUGACGGGCGAACUAAAGAGCACAAUAUGGGAGGAGGGUCAGCUUGACGAGCUCCGGAAACACUCGCAGAUACCAGCAGAACACAAGCAAGCUCCUACAGACCAGCUUUGUAUCGUAGCCCAACCCUCUGACACCCCAGGCCAUCUCGUCCUUGCGCAGGAGAUGGUUGACUUUGCCGGCUCUCAGCCCAACAUGGACUACUUCCCGUUCAACGACGACGACAUGACCCAGGACAGUAUCGUUGAGGAACUGGUCCAGAUGGAGGAGCAGAUGAAGCUGAAGGGUCUUUUCGGCAGCUGCGUGGAUGUUUCUCUCCAAGGCCAGCCGGCCGGCAGCCAGAGUUCCGCCCUCAACGCGCACCAGGCCGGCACCACUUUCUACCAUUCGGCCCACAGCAGCACCACUCCGGUCCAAACUCCCACGCCGACUCCCACGCCGACCCCGACGCCCACCCCUACCUCUGAGAUGACCCUUAGCCACAGCUUGACAAGAGAGAGCCCCUGCUCCCGAAUGGCUCCCGUCACCCCUGUAGACGGCGCGCUCGGUCGCCACACCCCUAUCAGUACGCCGCUGUCCAACUGCAGCAGCAGCGUGCCCCCGAGCCCAGUGGAGUGCAGAAAUCCGUUUGCCUUCACACCCAUCAACUCCAGCAUUACCGCUUACCAUGACGCCAGCAUCGUGUCCAGCAGCCCCGUGAAGCCCAUGCAGAGGCCCAUGGCGACACACCCCGACAAGGCCAAACUGGAGUGGAUCAACAACCGCUACAACAACAAUUCAGCCGGCCCCUUAUCCAACCAUAGCAUCGGUAUCCUACCUAGCUACCAGGACCUGGUGGAUGACCAGUUUCGUAAGCCGCACGCUUUUGCAAUACCCGGCCAGUCAUUUCAACCUCAGUCCAGGCCGGAUUCGGCUCAUUUCGGCCCUUUGACGCCCAUCUCCCCCGUGCAGCCACAGCAGCAAGCGACUGCCGUGGCCGCUCCCACUAAACUGGAGAGUUUUGCCGUGCCGGCCCCACUGGACAACAAGGCACCGACCACCUCUGCGUCUGGCACUUUCCGCUGCCGCAGCGUCAGCCCCGCCGUGCGCCAGAGGAACUCCAGCGGCAACACCGGCCUUCAGACCCCCACCGCCACCGCCGCCGCCGCUACCAAUACCUCCGGCGCCACCCUGGCCGUCAUCUCGCCCUUUAACUCGGCCAUCACUUCUGAAGUGCUCAACAUUCUGUCCAACAGCCAGUCUGUCAGUUCCGUCCACAGCAUGGUCCAACGCAGCCAGUCCGUACCGCUGAACAUCAUGAUGCAGAGUGAGUUAUUGCCUGUGCAGAGCUCUAGUAACGCCGCCAAGAUCACCAACGUCCUUCUCAGCAAGAUGGAGGCCGACGGCGACGAAUCUGUCCGCGGGCUGGGGGUGAACAACCUCCCGUCUAACUAUACGGCACGCAUGAAUCUCACACAAAUCCUGGAGACAACUCCGGCCUUCGCCGUGGCAACGUCGCACCAGACCUCGCUGCCCGUCACCUCCAGCCCGGCCGCCUUUGAGCUCCAGCAGCACGGCUACCUCGCCCACGCCGGCGGGGAGCAAGUGAGCUUCUCCGCUGCGGACAACCAAGCACAAGAGGGCGCCGGUGAGCCAGAGCAGCAACAGCAGCUCCAGGAGAUCCCGGUGCAGACGCAGCAGGAGGUGGAGGAUGAGCAGCAGCGGCUGGAUUUCAACAAUACGGUCAAGGACUUGUUGGGGGAUGACACCCUCAACCCCAGCUCCCAGCUGGUGGGCCAGGUGGCCUCGGAACUGAACGCGGUGGCGUCCGACUUUUCAAACGACAUCCGACUGACCACGGAUCUGUCCAGUAGCAUCACUGACCUUAACACCUUGGACACCAAUCUGCUUUUUGACCCCAAUCAGCAGCAGGAACAAUAUGAAGACUCGACACUGGAAGAACUGAAGAACGACCCGCUCUUUCAGCAGAUAUGCAGUGAUACUGUGAACUCUGGCUUCGACUGGCUGGAGAGCAAAGACCAGCCGACUACAGUCGAGAUGCUGGGCUGAUCUUUACCUUUGAUGCUCUACCACUUCUGUUCUGUGUCACGCGUUUGUUUGGUGCGUAUCUAGUAACUCUGUUUUUGAAACUAGUUUGUUGGGACUUGUAAGGACUUUUGCCGUUGGUUCUGUUUUUUUAAAAAAAAGUGCCAGGCUUACCCUUCUCUCUCUCUCUCUCUCUCUCUUUCUGCUGAUGUUUCGUUAACCUUCUCCUUGGUUCCCAUUUCUCACCAUCCCCCCCCCCCCUCCUACAAUCAGAAAUGAAAGCCUUGGAAAUAAAGGAGAGAUUUAAGUGGCUCAGCAUGCAGUGAUGUGUGAGCAUUUCGAGAAAAAUACAUCUUCCAUGUUCGAACAAAUUCAAUAAUGCAAUAUUGAACAAACACUUCGAAAUGAGACGGAUAGGAGAUUUGGCACAAUUUGACAUCACCAAAAAUGUUGUAAACUAUUUUUCCGUGUGUGCAGUUCAACCAAAUGUAGAUAAAAAUAAGGUGGUAGUGUCGGUGGUUUGACGUUUGCCUGCCAUAUCUAAAUAUUAAAACAGGUAGCGACUCUUGCUACCAGGUGCUGAAUUUUUGACAAGUUCUUUCUACUUUAUCACAAACCAAAUCAGCGGAGAACUGAUUGACGCCUGAGCAUGGUUGACAUUUUUUCUUUCUCAAAAGCCUAAUCUCGUACUGUUGAAAAACUUCCAAAGGGAGUUGAUGAAACGGUAGGGACACGAUGGGAUUUCAGGCCGCUUGUCGGACUAAACAUUGAAAGGAAUCAACUGGCUGCCUUAUUCCUUCUGUCCAAGGCCUUGUGCCAUCUUUAGAGAGACUGUACAUAGACUCAUGUUAAGAUUGAACCAUCCAGAGCGUCUUUGUCAUAUCAAGGCAGCUGUUAACUCUUGAUAUUUUCAGAACUAUUCCUUCAAUCGGUUUGUUUUGCAGUGUUAAAGCGUAGAUUUUUUUUUUGUACAGGUUAGCGAUUACACUGUGCGUGACCUUAACUGCAUUUAGAGGAAUUUGAUAUAACGUCACAGAACCAAUGGCAGGCACGCUUUCCCUCAUUUGGUUUUCAUGUUUUGUUUUGUUUUCUGCAUGUUUGAAUAAAAAGGAAAAAAAAUAAAAAAUCAACGGUUUGGAGAAGGCUAAGCGUCAAAAUUCAAGAGGCAGAAAUCACGCAUUGAUGUCGUCUGGAAUGAAAUGCGCGCCUUGUUUCCAUACCAAAGAUUUGGGGAAAAGAGAUUAUUUACACGUGGCCACUCCGAGUUAAAAUCAGCAGGAGUGAUAACAUCGAACCCUUUUAUUGCAUCUAACAAAAAAGGAUGAAAUAAAAUCAAUUCUAUGUACAGUACGUAUAUUAGGGAAGUGGCCACAAGCCAACAAGUAACCAUGGGUGUGCAAAAAGCAUGUUGAAACCACGCUUCUAUGUGAUACAGUCAGGAAGCUUACUUGAGUUUUUGGCAAUUGUCAUUGUUGUACAAGUCAUGUUGAAGCUCCUUUUGUAAAUAGGAUAGAUACAUAGAGAUUUGAUGUAUUCGGACACUAUAUUAUGGCCAUUAUUAUAGCUAAGUAUGUGUCAUGUAAAAGGAAAAAAAAGCUUAACAGAUGUAUAGUCGGCAAGAUACUGUAUGUUGUGUGUUACAUUUCUGGCUUAGAGUGUCGUAAAAGUAAUGCUGUCUGGUCUUCGCUUGCUGAUUUUAUUUGACUUUUUGAGGAGGAGAUGCAGAAAGGGGCCUGUGCUCUGAACAGGGGGUGGGGGGGGCGUAAAAAUAUUGUGAUACUGUUCGCUGGUUGUAAACAUUUUUUGCGACAAAGCCUUUCAGCAAACACUGGAUAAGAAAAACCAUUCACUCGUGUUUCCACAAACUUCAAAGGUUCUCAUUAUUGCACUAAAUUUUUACGACACACACCUUUGCCACGUCUUAACGGACAAAUGUAACGACGGACGCCC